UUGAGGCUGUUUACAACACAGUAAACAACCAAAAUGAAGACAAUGUACUUUCUCCUUACUGUUGCACUGGGCUUGUUAGCCAUUUCUUCAGCUGCAAGUGUAGGAACACAAAUGCAGUCAUCCCAACAAUACAAUCAGGUACCAUGGAAACUUAAAAUAAGUCAAAACAUAGUUCAAGGAACAGCAGGUCAAGACGGGGUACCUCGAUGUGGAGUGAUCGAUUCAUAUAAUUUUGGCUUUUUUCCUAAUAUGCCUACUUUUGGCAAGACAGAUCUCACUUACAGAGUACUGCAAUAUACAUCCGACUUGCCAAAUGCCACUGUGGAUAAAAUUUUGAAGCGAGCUUUCGAACAUUGGAGCAAUGUUACUGUGUUAACAUUUACAAAGAUAGAUACCAUGUCAGAUAUUGAAAUUUUCUUUGCUGCAGAAGAUCAUGGUGAUGGAUUUCCUUUUGAUGGACUGAAUGGGGUUCUGGCUCAUGCCUUUGCUCCUGGACCAGACCUUGGAGGUGAUAUUCAUUUCGAUGAGGAUGAGCCGUGGGUAACAGGAAGUAAUGGAAUCAACUUGGAGAUAGUUGGCACCCAUGAAAUUGGACAUUCUCUGGGUCUUGGUCAUUCGAAUGAUUCAACCGCUGUGAUGUUUCCCACCUACAUGUUUAAAGAUCCAUUUCAGCUUUCGCUUGAUGAUAUUGCAGGAAUCCAGAUUUUAUAUGGAGCCAACGUUGUAACGACAGAAACUACAACCCAGACACCAGACACACCUACAACUCAGACACCAGACACACCUACAACCCAGACACCAGACACACCUACAACCCAGACACCAGACACACCUACAACUCGGACACCAGACACACCUACAACUCGGACACCAGACACACCUACGACCCAGACACCAGACACACCUACGACCCAGACACCAGACACACCUACGACCCAGAUACCAGACACACCUACAACUCAGACUCCAGAAGAGACUACAACUGAACAGCCACAGAUGUGUGACCCAGAUCUCUUUGCAGAUGCUGCUACUAUAGUAGGAAAAUACAUAAUUUUAUUCAAGAAUGGGACUGUUAGGAUUCCAAAAAAUAAGGUAGUCUCAGUUGACAAAGUUUGGCCACAAAUCAAGUCAAACAUUGAUGCUGCUGUGACUGUCCGAUUACGCAGAAGAUGCGGCAGAUUCGGCAGAUGCGGCAGAUUCGGCAGAUUGAGAAGGAGAACAUUUUUGUUUACAGGAUCUCAAUACUGGAGUUCUAGAUGGCAUCUAAAAUUCCCAAGAAAUAUCACUGAUUUUGGUUUUUCACCGAAUGUUAGUAAAAUAGAUGCUGCAUUGUUCUUGAGAAGGAGAAUACUGUUCUUUGUAGAAGAUCAUCUUUGGAGGGAGAUCUUACCUCAUAAGUGGACCUUCUGUGUUCAAAUUCACGGGAAGGCAAUUGAUCGGGCGAUUUGAACCACAGCCAUGGCUAAACUGUGAAUAACUGACAUGCUUUUCUACCAGACUGCCGGGGCCAAGACUUUGAGAAUGUCGUUUCAAGAAGAUAGAAAUAUAAUCAUUAGUAUAAAAUGAAAUUAGCUACUCGAUGAAGUUUAACCACUAACUCUUUUCCGAUAAAAUCAUUGCAUUUUAGUUUGAAAUUGAUUAAUCAGCUGAUUUCAUUGUUCAAUGCAAUGCAUAACCUGUACUAAAAGAAUUCUGGAUUAGUGGUGCUGGAAGAGUACAGCAGUUCAGGCAGCAUCCGAGGAGCAGUAAAAUCGACGU